CUCAAACAAACAACGUUCCCCUCCAAAUUACUCUUUUAUUUUAUUUUUUUCAAAUUUGUGUCGGACAGACUCUUCGUCAAAGGUCGGACGCUGAGAUAAAAGUGGCGGUGAAUCUUCUGGUGUGCUCGACUCUUCGUCAAAGGUCGGACGCUGAGACAAAAGUGGCGGUGACGCUUCUGGCGUGCUCGGUAAGACCGUUUAAGCGAUGUUUUUUGACAACUUGCAAAGUUACGCUAGCAUGCCAGAUAGUUGACACUUGGGACAAAAGUCGCCAUUUUUGUUAUUCCUCCUUUUUUAAGAGGAGUUUUUGUGUGACAAACGAGCAGUGUGUCCUCACACCCGGUGUCGGCUUGCUAAGUUCCGCGUGUAUGCUCGUUGGCUCCCCGCCAGUCGCCGGCCCAUAGAUGAAGAUGUCAUUGGUCCAGCGAGUGUUCCUCUCCUGGGUCUUCAGCCUCCUCUUCCUCAUCAUGCUGGUCCUCAAACUGGACUCCAAGAUCCACUGGAACUGGUUCCUCAUCUUCCUCCCCGUCUGGACCUUGGACGCCGUCCUGCUGCUCAUGGUCCUGGUGCAGCUGGUGGGCCGCUGCAAGCCGGACUUGGAGCCCAGGGAGGGCGAGCAGAGCCUGGCCAAGAAGCUGUGGUACCUGGCCGCCCUGCUGCUCAAGCUGGCCUUCUGCGUCAGCCUGUGCUCCCGCCUGGAGAGGCUGACGGACGCCUGGCUCAGCGUGGUGUGCGUGCCCCUCUGGGUGCUGCUGGCCGGGGCCCUGCUGGAGCUGGGACACAACGUCUUCCACCAUAGGAGGGACUGAACACUUCACUAAUAAGAGCGACUGACUCAUGGCUUUUAUAUCAUCUACCUUGCUCUUGUCCUCAUCUUCCCUGUGGGUGUGGGUGUGACACACUAUAAGCACUUUGCAUCAUUUAUCAACACGCUGUUUCUCCGCUAUUACACGAGUAUUAAGGCCACACUGACAACAAGACAAUACUACAAGUCCUGAAGAUUCAUUUGUCAUUACCCAAAAAGUCAACAUAUUACAACAGGGGUGUAAUAUUUGUGCGGGGGCCCUAUCUAUCUAUCUAUCUAUAUAUAUAUUUAUACAUACAUAGAUAGAUAGACACAGAUGUAUAGAUACAGUGUGUG